CUAACUGAAAAAGCUUCCAUUCUUUUUUUUGGGUCAACGCCUCUGUUUUGAUUUUGAGUGUAAAUGAUGUUUUGGUCAUAACAACUCAAAAACUACAACAAAAAUGGGUUCUUGGAUGCUCAAGCUGAUACAGCUGCAACUUGUGCUUGUGCUGAUUCAGCAUGCUGAUUCAGGUUCCAUCAUCAGAUAUCUUCCUGGUUUUGAAGGCCCACUGCCUUUUGAACUUGAAACCGGGUACAUUGGUGUUGGUGAGGCAGAGGAAGACCAAAUGUUCUACUACUUCAUCAAAUCUGAGAGCAAUCCAGAGGAGGACCCUCUUCUCGUCUGGUUAACAGGAGGACCUGGCUGCUCUUCUUUCUCUGGCCUUGUUUAUGAAAAUGGACCUCUUGCUUUCAAGGUUGAUGCCUACAAUGGAAGUAUACCUUCCUUGGUCUCUACUACAUAUUCAUGGACUAAGGUGGCGAAUAUAAUCUAUUUGGAUCAGCCUGUUGGAACUGGCUUCUCCUACUCAAGAAACCCACUUGCUGAUAUACCAAGUGACACUGGAGCAGCUAAGCGGGUCGAUGAGUUUCUCCGUAAGUGGCUAGACAAGCAUCCUGAGUAUUUCUCCAAUCCUUUCUAUGUCACUGGAAACUCUUAUUCUGGUAAAGUGAUUCCAGCCAUCGUUCAAGAAAUCUCAAACGGAAAUUGUAUAUGCUGCAAACCUCAAAUAAAUCUUCAGGGCUAUGUUCUUGGAAACCCUGUAGCAGACACUGAUCAACAUCAUAACUCUCGCAUUCCAUUUGCUCAUGGAAUGGCACUCAUCUCUGAUGAACUCUAUGCUUCGAUGAAGAGAAGCUGUGGAGGAAUUUAUUUUAAUGUGGAUCCUCUUAACACAGAAUGCUUGAAACUCGUUCAAGAUUUCAAGAAGUGUGUUUCUAGCAUAUAUGAAGAACUUAUUCUAGAAUCAAACUGUGACACUACAUCUCCUGAUUGCUAUACGUAUCGAUAUUCGCUAUCCGAAUACUGGGCUAAUAACGAGAGUGUACGCAGGGCACUUAAUGUGGUGAAGGGGACUACAGAGAAAUGGGAACGAUGUAACUAUAAUGUGCAUUGCAAUAAAGAUAUUAGGAGCAGCAUACCAUACCAUAUGAAUAACAGCAUUGAAGGCUAUCGAUCUCUCAUCCUCAGCGGUGAUCACGAUAUGACAAUCCCUUUCCUUGCAACUCAAGACUGGAUUAGGUCUUUAAACUUUUCCAUUAUUGAGAAAUGGAGGCCAUGGAUGGUACUCAAUAAAGUCGCUGGAUACACCCAAACUUAUGCUAAUAAGAUGACAUUUGCUACUGUGAAGGGAGGUGGGCACACGUUAGAGUAUAAACCAGAGGAAAGUUCAAUACUGUUCAAGAGAAACUCAAAGAACACAAUGGGGAUCAAGUUGCUGCUUCUUCUUCUCCCGCUUGUGUUGAUUCAGCACGCUGAUUCUGGAUCCACCAUCAGAUAUCUUCCUCAUUUUCAAGGCCCUCUUCCUUUCGAGCUUGAAACCGGGUACAUUGGUGUUGGUGAGGCAGAGGAAGAACAGAUGUUCUACUACUUCAUCAAAUCUGAGGGAAACCCAGAAGAAGACCCUCUUCUUGUCUGGCUAAGCGGAGGACCUGGCUGCUCUUCUCUCUCUGGCCUUCUUUUUGAGAAUGGGCCUAUGACUUUCAAGAUUAAGUCUUACAAUGGAAGUACACCUUCCAUGGUCUCUACUACAUAUUCAUGGACUAAGGUGGCGAAUAUAAUCUAUUUGGAUCAGCCUGUUGGGGCUGGCUUCUCCUACUCAAGAAACCCACUUGCUAGUGAUAUAGCAAGUGACACAGGAUCAGCUAAACGGGUCCAUGAGUUUCUCCGUAAGUGGCUAGCUAAGCAUCCUGAGUUUCUCUCCAACCCCUUCUAUGUCGCCGGAAAUUCUUAUACCGGUAAGGUGGUUCCGGCCAUCGUUCAAGAAAUCUCAAACGGAAAUGGUUUAUGCUUUAAACCUCAGAUAAAUCUUCAGGGUUACGUGCUGGGAGAUCCACUAACAGAUCUUGAUAACAAUCGUAACUUGCGCAUUCCAUAUGCUCGUGGAAUGGCUCUCAUCUCUGAAGAACUCUAUGAGUCGCUGAGGAGAAGCUGCAGAGGAAACUAUGUUAAAGUGGACCCUCUUAACACAGAAUGCUUGAGACUCGUUCAAGACUUUGAAAAGUGUAUUUCUGGAAUAGAUGCAACAUAUAUUCUAGGACCCAAGUACAAAGACGCAGCUAAUCCCUAUGAAACCAAUCCGUAUGCGCAUAUCAUGUCUCUGCAGUCUAGCAGCUGGGCCAACGAGGAGAGUGUACGCAGAGCCCUUCAAGUGCACAAGGGGAGUGUAGGAAAAUGGUUACGAUGUUAUCGGGAAAUACCUUACAGGUAUGACGUUAUAAGCAGCGUACCAUACCACAAGAAUAACAGCAUCCAAGGAUACAGAUCUCUCAUCUUCAGUGGGGAUCAAGACAUGCUUGUCCCUUUCCUUGCGACUCAAGACUGGAUAAGAUCUCUCAACUAUUCCAUUGUUGAUCACUGGAGGCCAUGGAUGAUUCAAAACCAAGUCGCUGGAUACACAAGGACUUAUGCCAAUAAGAUGACAUUUGCCACUGGCGGUGGUCACACGAUGGUGUACAAACCAGAGGAGUGCUAUGUGAUGUUCAAGAGAUGGAUUAGUGGCCAGCCUCUGUAACAGCUUAUCAGCGAUGUGGUUGGAAAUGAAAUCUCUGAAAAUUCUUGAUUUAGUGAUUUAUAAAUAAAUCUAUCUUUGUGAUUGAGCCCUAAUUAAGGGGCAACUUCAAUGAUUCGGCCAAGCACUCAGAAUAUGGAUAGACAUACUGUACCACCAACAGUUGCUCAAGUUCGACCUUAAAAUUGAUAGAACACAAAUCAGAUGAAGUCAAUAAGUGAUCCCUAAGUUUCAAGGGAUAAUUUUUAAAAUAACCCUAACAAUUUUUUGUAGAUUUGUAACCCAUUUUUUUCCACAUAAUUGAUGUGCAUGUCAAUUUCAGGGUCAUCCCUAACAUUGGUGGAAUUCUUAAUGCAAGUAUCUUAAUAAUUAUUUUAUUAUAAUUUAAGAUAUAUAAUUAAAUUUUA